GUUAUCGUUGUCGUUGUAGUCGUUGUCAUCGUCCUCCUUCGUUCUUUAAUAAACAUUAUCACGCGAUUACUAUGCGAAAAAGUAAUUCGUAUAACCCGAGCAAUUGGUUCGAAGUCGUACUACUCUCGAAACGUUUCUUCUCUUCGUUAUUGAAAGACAGUCGACGAAUCGCUAACUAUUUACGAAGAUACACGUUUAGGCCGUGUCCUUUUGCCCUGAAAUCCCUUCGAGAUUUGCCAGGAUAAAGGAGGAUAUAAUGACGUGCGACGCAAGGGAGAUAAUCGAUCCGUUAUGAAGUUAUAAAUCUUCGAAGAAGAGAUCGGGCUCUAACAACGAUACGAGGCUACGAUAUAUAUAUAUCUCCUUGGCAACGUCGUGGCAAAACAUUACGUCAGUAGUAAGGAAGUGCAAUACGUUAAGGAACGUUGUCGAGGCCUAUACUUCUUCUUCAUCGUAGAAGAUCUCUCUAUGGAUCUAAUAAGGAACGAUAAGAUCAACCGUGGAUGGUGGAUCGUAAAACGAUUUUGAAGAGAAGGAUAGAUCCAAGAACCUUUUUUUCCAAUCGAUAUCGAUCCUGUCAUGAACGUCGCCGAAGACUUUCAUCGACUUUUUCAACUAUCCAACAGCUGAUGAAGAUCCGUCGAAUUUUUCAUGAACCUAAUAGUUCUUUCCUUUCGAAGGAAAAUGAAUCGGGAAUGUCCUUCGAUUCUUUGCAUUCUCGUGUUACUAAUGGUUCUUCUUCAAAGAGCUUCGGCCAUUGAUUGUUUUAAAUGUGUCUCGAUCGACGGCGAUAACAAACCCUGCGACGAUCCCUUUCAUAAUAAUGGCAGUCUUGCCUUUUUGGAGUCACCUUGUUUGGGUGGCCGUAAAGGUCGAGACGGUCUAUUCCCUGCGACCGCUUGUAUCAAGAUAUCUGGGAUCUAUGACGAAUCCGGUAUUUCGCUCACUGUCAGAAGCUGUGCGUUGGAUAGCGGAACUCUGACAACGGAUUCUGAGAUCAUAAGGAUGUCUCAUUGCGGCGGUUUCUAUUUUGACGAUAAAUACGUUCGGGGCUGUGUUCAAUCCUGUAACGACGCAGAUGCAUGUAACGGGACUAAUCGGAUCAAGGAAACAUCUUUGAUCGUCUUGAUAUUACCUAUUUUUUUCGGGCUCGUUUGAGCGAGACGAAUUCGAUUUAAAGUACAACUAUUUCGGUCAAUGAGGAAAAGACAUAUCUAAUUAUGUUUGAUCAUUUUCUGAACACGAAUAACGAAAACUGCCACAUUACGAUAUUUUAAACCGACCGUCUCUUUGCAUCGAACGAAAUCGAACGAUCUUUCGAAUAAUUUUCUAAGCUUAUACCUUACGACAUGUAAUAGCAUAAUUUUGCGAUCCCGUUUUGGCUUUUCAUCGUCGCUAGAAUUUUCUAAAAUGUCUUCAUUCUAGAAUGUAAAAUCGCUAGUUUGUAAACGAAAAAAACAUACGAUUGUCAUAAUCAAUUUGUAUAUCUUAAUUAUAUCGUCAAAGAAAUAAACUAUUACUCGAAAAACAUAA